AUGAUUAGUUUGAACUAUGUCGUUGAUGUAAUAAGCGACAAGUUUCAGACAGUAAGAGCCUUUGUUAUAAUAGGAUGUAUUCUGGGUCUUCUAACAUUCCUCUUACUGAUUAUGUUCAUCUUUAAACAUACAGCCAAUCGGGUCAAGAAUGUUGUUAUUCUUUUAGCUGGUUUAGCAGGUAUCUGUACGUUGAUAGGAUUCUGUGUGUAUACAUCACUCGCCGAUUCUUAUGGAUACUCCUUUAUACUGAACGUGGUAGCAGGUGCCCUUUAUUUUGUAGUAACCAUUAUAAUGGCUCUGGAUCAAAGGACAUGUUAA